AUGAACCCAGUCGAUGGCAUCAGUCUAUUGUCAUAUUCUUCCUGUCGACCGUCCAUAUCCACAGACAAAAAAUUCCCAAAGGUCGGUGACGACGUUAAAAUAGUUGCAAAGUAUUGUCAGAAAAAUGAAAAUCAUACAAUUCGGUGGCGAAAGUGCGGAGAACUAGUUGGAAUAUGUGUACAAAAAAGCUGUUCACAAGGUGCCAACAUUAAGAAUGAUCCAUCCAACUUGGAAUCAACUUUAAUCAUCCAGAACGCAAGUAUUUCGAAGGAUAAUUGUCAUGUGACUUUUAUAGCAGACGGUGAUGAAUAUCCAAUAAGGAUUAAUAUAUACAAGCAUCCAAAAUUGAUCAUCCAGGAUUCUAAUGUUAUAAAUGAUACAGAAAUUCAUCUACACGGUGUACAAUUUGUAUACCUAAAUGUUGAAACAUCAUGCAUGUAUCCACGUCCUACGCUGAAUGUUGUCUACAAGGAUGAGCACCUAUUAAGAAGUACGUUUACUAUUGAUGGAAUCGAUACGGAAUGCAAACGCUUAGAAGUUUCCACAUUUGCCUCUUUUAAUAUUUCGGCUAAAGAGUUGAAAGAAGUACAUUUGCAAGGCAGAGGGACUCUAACUGCUUCAUUAGUAUACGCUGGUUUCAGCAACACGAUUUUUAAUUGGACGAUAGUAUUUGACCAAAACAAUGAUGGAACUCAAGGAACACAGAAUGGGAACACAGGAGUGGACAAGUAUGUUAUUGCCUGUGCUGCUGUUAUAGUUGGAGUUUUCAUUUUAUCUAUCCUUGUGCAUUAUAAAAAUAAUGGAGAGAUAUGUAUGGCUUACAUCUCCUCAUUUCGACACUCCUUUAUGUGUACACAUACCCCCUUUUUAUGAAAAUUCUUACAACAGUCAAUUUAACAUCUGUACAAAUGCCAAGGAUGCUAUUUUACAAAGAUACAUAUAUAAUAAUUGUUAUCAUCCCUCCAAAUCCAAUGUUUUUGAAGAACUUAACAGAGAGGAAAUUGAGUGCAAAUGUGAAGUUUGUGUAGUGCAUGCUAGCCAUGCUGGUACUUGUAAAAGUCCGGAAGUCGUAAAUCCAUCUGAUAUUGACAGUAACAGAACUUCUACAUUGACAGAAAGUGAAACUCUUAGUAGUGCCAACUCCACAAUAGCUCCCCCGUCUGUUGAUAGU